AUGAAGACGUCUUUCUUGAGUACAGCUUUGUUGACUGUGUGGGCCAAUCUUGCAUUGACACAUGCAUUUUAUGGUCCCAAAGAUGAUGUGAUUGAAUUGACACCUCGUAACUUUAAAUCGUCUGUUUUGGAUACCAAACAUCUUGUUGCUGUUGAAUUCUAUGCACCUUGGUGUGGCCAUUGUCAACGAUUAGCACCUGAAUGGAAAAGAGCGGCUAGUAACCUAAAGGGCCUUGUCUCUGUGGCAGCCAUCAAUUGUGAUGAAGAUGCCAAUAAGGGUCUUUGUGGUCAAUAUGACAUUAAGGGAUUCCCUACCAUUAAAGUGUUUAGUCCAGAAUUAAAGAAGAAUAAGCGUACAGGGGAGCUCACGAAACCCGCUUCAGAUUAUCAGGGGGCUCGAGAUGCAAAGUCAAUUGUAGACCAUUUAUUAUCAUACCAACCUUCCAAUGUCUUGUUUGUGAAAUGGAACGAAAAAGAUGUCAAAUCUAAAAAGAGUAUUUCUUUAGACAACUUUUUAGCUACCAAGAACGAAACAUUACCAAAGGCUUUACUUUUUACUAACAAGCCUACAACAACACCUUUAUACAAAGCAUUAUCUGUUGAUUUCAAGGACAGUAUAUUAGUAGGUGAAGUCAAGAGUUCAGAAAAGAACAUUGUAGCUGAAUUUGGUAUUCAAUCCUUCCCUACUUUACUUGUCAUUUCACCUGAGCAUGGUCCUGUCAAAUUUGAUGGUAAAUUAAACCAUCAAAACCUUAAGAGUUUUAUGCAAAAGUACGCGUCUCCUUCUUCACAAGAACAACCUCCUCUAGAACAACCAAAGAAGAUCAAGCAGCUCAAACCAGUGACUGCUUUUGAAAACGAUCAUGUCUUUUCUAAAUCUUGUUUGAAAUCAAGUCCAAACACAAUAUGUGUUGUUGCUAUUACAAACGAAGACGACAAGCAAGAAACAGUGGGCACAUUAAAUACGUUGAAAGAGAAAAUUAUACCUUCUGAAGCCUUUGAAUUCCAACUCGGUUGGAUUCAUGCAGAUCAAUCUCAAUCCAUCAUUCAAGACUUACAACUCUCUCAAGAUUCUCCUUUACUCUUCUUUUUGCAUCCUAGUAAACAACUCUAUAGAAACUAUAUUGGCUCUUGGAACGAAAAGAAUUUGUUGGCUUGGAUUAACCAAAUUGGUUCUGGCCGUGUUCAAGCAUGGCCUUACAAGUCAGAGUUAAAAAUCACUGAAAAACCAAUGGAUCAUGACGAAUUGUAAUAAUAAAUAAAAGUAUCUUUACAUUCGCAUGAAGAGGAUGUGACG